AUGGCUUAUCCACCGACCCCUCAGAAAAACCAAGCAAGUGAAACAAGCUGGUUGGUCAAGUUAACGCGUUUACCGGAGAGUGUCAAGGAGGAAGACAUCAUCCAGGCCAUUCCUAAGCUAGACAGGCCUCGCCGAGUUGAAAUGGGGGAAAUGAGUUAUGUCGCAGACAUGGAGAUUGAUUCGACCUUGAUCCAGUCCAUGCUUUAUGAAUUUGGGCCACUGGAGAAAUGGGAGGUUUCUGACACAACAAAAGGGGUGCGAGUCAAAGCCCAUGCGACUUUCCUGGAAGAAUCUCAAGCCCAACUUGCCGCAUCAAAUCUUAACGGAAAGCCGUUGCCAUUCUGCGACUCGGGCAAACUGUUUGUCGAGGCCGUCACCGCGGUGAGGUUCAAGGUGUCGACACGUGUAUACGAUGUCAUUCAGCAGCGAAUCAAUGCCCAUAAGAGUUCUUGGGAUCGUCAGUAUAUCAAUUUUUUUGCCUUUCCUUCACGUGGAUUCUAUCGUGUCCUUAAGCUGGAAGGUAGGGACCGCGAGUCAGUUGCGAAGGCAAAACAGGACCUCGAUCUCAUUCUUACCGGAGAGGUGAUGAAGCUAGAUGGAAAGGCUAUCUUAUACCCAGGAUCCAAGAUCAGUCGAGAAUCUUACCAAAGACUCAAGGUCAUUGAGAAGGAGUUGGGCGUCGUUAUCAUUCGUGACGUGCAGACUUCACAAUUUCGUGUCUUUGGUGCUGAAGCACGUCAGACCUUGGCAACAAAAGCUUUGGAUCGUCUCAUCAAAGAGAUGAUUUCCGCUCAUCGCGUUAUUCCACUCAGCCAGGAGCACGAAUUUCGAUGGGCCGUGGACGGAGGGUUCAAAGCACUUGAGUCACGUAUUGGAAGCGACAAGGCCUCGUUCGACAGGAAAUCGAGGUGCAUUAUAAUUCAGGGAUCUGAGAGUGACUUUGCCCGUGCCAAAUCUAUCGUAGCAUCGAAGCAGAAAAAGUUCUCAAUGAAACCUCGAGAGGGAGAGAAGGAUUGCCCGAUUUGUUUAUGUGAAGCCGAUGAACCGAUCCACACUUCCUGCAACCAUACCUACUGUGGUCUUUGCUUCAUCGACAUGUGUGAAGCACAAGCAUCAGCUCCAUCGCUGUUUUGCAUCACGUGCACUGGAAACUCAGGCCAGUGCGGCCAUAUCUUUGAGCUUGCGGAAAUCCGCAACUUUCUUCUAUCGGAGACAUUCGAGGACGUCCUUGAAGCAUCUUUUCGGUCUUUUGUUCAACGUCGUCCAGACCAACUCCGAUAUUGCCCUACUCCUGAUUGCUCUCAGGUCUACCGUGUUGCCCCCGAGACGAAGAAACAGCCGACAACUUUUACCUGCGACAAGUGCCUGGCCUCCAUUUGCGCGGCCUGCCACACCUCUCAUCCUGGAGUCACCUGUGCACAACAUCAAGGAGAUUCCUCUGGCGACAUCCAGGCCUUAAUUAAGGUAAAGAAGGAGUUAGGGAUUCAAGAUUGCCCGAGAUGCGAAAUCCCCAUAGAGAAGACUGACGGCUGCAAUCAUAUGACUUGCAAAGUAUGUAGUUGUCAUAUUUGCUGGGUAUGUCUAGCUACGUUCGAUGAAGCUUCAGUCUGCUAUGCGCACAUGAGGAGGCUACACGGAGGUAUCAGCACUUGA